UCAAUCCUGCUGGUUUUAGCAGUGGUGGAUUAAUUAUAAACAUAUUCAGAGAUAUUUUCGUUAUGUACAGUAAGUUGGUCGUAGGACUUCACGUGCAUGGAUCGCGCAAAGGAUACUCGAAUCAAAUAUGCCGGUCUGGCAGGAGGAAUGACCGGUUGCAUCACACGCUGUAUUUGUCAGCCCUUGGAUGUUCUUAAAAUUCGUCUGCAGCUUCAGGUGGAACCAAUCAGUACUCACUCGCAAAUUUCCAAAUAUCGAUCAAUUACUCAAACCGUGGCUUGUAUAUACAAAGAGGAAGGUUUAUUCGCCUUAUGGAAGGGCCAUAACCCUGCACAAGUGCUUUCCCUAGUCUAUGGAGUUGCACAAUUUUCAUUCUAUGAGAGGUUCAAUGUUGUGCUGCGUGACACGGCUAUAUUCGAAGGUCAUGAUAGAGCGAGAAAUUUUACUUGUGGUGCCUUCAGUGGAUCUUUCGCGGCUUUAAUAAUAAUGCCUCUAGAUGUUAUACGAACUAGGUUGGUUUCGCAAGAUCCUGGUAAGGGCUACAGAAAUACAUUUCAAGCGGUGAACCUAAUUUAUCGAAUAGAAGGUAUCCGUGGAUUAUACCGCGGUUUAGGACCAGCGAUAUUACAAAUAGCCCCUCUCACGGGAGGUCAAUUUAUGUUUUACAAUUUGUUCGGUACUGCCAUCAAACGAUUCGAACAUCUACCCGAGAAUGCAGUCUUACCACCAACAGAGUUGUUUCUUUGUGGAGGAUUCGCCGGUUUAUGCACAAAGCUCCUUGUUUACCCUUUGGAUUUGGUAAAGAAACGGCUGCAGAUACAAGGUUUCGCCAACAAUAGGCAAACCUAUGGGCAACAUUUUGUUGCGAACCAUAUGUUGCAGUGCCUUUACGAAGUCGGUCGAUACGAAGGUGUUCGAGGUCUAUAUAAAGGACUAAGCCCGUCCCUGUUGAAAGCCGGGUUUACAUCUGCAUUUUAUUUUGCCAUCUACGAUCAGCUGCUGACGAUGUUCAACAAGGGGUUUAAGUAGGAGGCGUAAUCGAAUAGGAGUUUUCGUGCUAUCCUUUUGCACAACGGGAGGCUUUAUUCUAUAUUUUAUUUUAGAAAUAACGGAGAGUUUUGUAUUUACACCUAAUUAGAGCCAAAAAUAAACAUUUC